UGAGUUUCCUGAAGAUACAUGCCUACAGAAAUGGCUGUACACACAACAUACACACGCACUUCAGACCGACUUUAAUUAAGUAUAUAUCACUGAAUAGAAUCAUAGAAUCAUCCUUCCAGUUUCUGGGAGCAGUAUUGAGAGGAACAGGCAGAGUCAGCUGAUUCAUACAUGGCUCUGAGGCUGCUAUCAUUGGCACAAUUUUGGGUUUCUCUAUCAUGAGAUGACCUACACAAUAUCAGGGCUGCUGGCAGCUGAUGGGAUACACCUUUCUUAGAGGGGGAAUAGAAUUUCUGCACAGGAAUUAAUGGGGCUGAUUGAUAGAGUUUUGAACUAGAUUUGAAGGGGGAAAGGGAUAAAAUCAGACUUGCCUGUGAUAAGCUAUGGGAUGGCAUGCCAAAAUUUGAGGGACUGCAUGCCAGUGAGAUCCUUCAGUAUGCUCUUGGAGUGCUGGUUAUAAGGAAGAAAAUUUGAGAUGUUUCUACACCAAUGCACACGACCAUGAGGAACCAACAAGUGGAGUCAAAGCCUUGUUUCAGUCCAUGAGCAAUAAUAUUGUUGGCAUAAGCAAAACCUGAUGGGCAGAGCCCACUAACUGAUAUGUCACGAUGGACAACACUGAGCCCUCCAGCAGCGAGAGAAAGGCAGGUGAUGCUGGGAGUGACUGUGUGUGAAGGAGAGGCUGGGCUUUACUGAGCUCGUAGCUGGCAAUUGCAUGGUUGGGUGCCUCUGAGCAAAUAAAGUGGAUAUCACUGUUCCCCAGCUAUAGGCCAUCCAGCCAGGAUGAUGACACUGAUGAACUAUUCAUUAAGGAACUAAGAUAUAGCUCUAGAUCAACCACCCUUAAGUUUAUGGGUGACUUCAACUUCCCAGAUGCAAUUGGGAAUUCCACACUGCUAAUACGUAAAGGCCAAGAGAUUCCUAAAACAUCAUAAUGAUAGCAUCUUAAUGUGCUGUUCCUUUACUAAGGGUGAGAUCUAAAUUGACCACAAAGGAAGAAAUUUCCUCUGCUCUUUCACUUCUCUUCAGCUUUAUAUGCGAAAACAUAUACACAAAGCAUAUGAAUUUAAAGAUCUGUCACUCUUGAAAUAAAAGUGCCUGAUAUGAAAGCCUUCACUUCUAGAUCUUUGCUUGAAAGAGGCAGACUAACAUCUGACUUGGAAUGCCCAAGGCUGGGACAUCCCUUGGUCAUGUACAUCCCUCCACAGAGUUGGUGAAUGGUCAUCUGUAAUAAGGGAAGUUAGGGGGUUUGCAGAGAAAAUGCCAGGCCAGAAUCUCUUUUAUUCCUCAUUUCUGCAAGAAGCUUACAGCUGUGAGUAUGUGUCCCAGAGAGAGGAAAGAAAAAAAGAAAGGCUCCCUAUGUCAUUUUUGCUCAUAUGUCAAUGAUUGGGAUGUAAUGAAAAGGAUGGAUAGCUUUAUUAGCAAGUAGUGUUUUAAAUCAGUCUCAGAUUUCAAAAGUACAUCUGCACCAUCCUGAUGGCAAUAUUUCAGUUGGGAGCUGAAUAGCAGACAGAAAAAUAAGGACAGUUGUCAUACAGUAGUCCUCAGGUAAUGGCAGAUGAGGCAGGUAAUGCUGUGAGACAAGCUAAGGGUACACCCAAAGCAGAUGGGAGUUCUCUUUGUGCAAGCAAAGUCAUAUAAAAAAUUUAAAAACAAUGAACUGGUUAAUAUGGCUGAUUAAUGUGCUAGCAUUGUUAUCCAGAAUUUUCUGGUAUUAUUCUUGUCUCAUACCCACAACCAAAGGAUGUGAACAAGAUAUUCCCUCAGAGCCACCACCUCUCACAUGGCUCUGGAAUUACUGCUGCAGAUAAACUGAAGUUUCAACAAAUAGGCCUACUUUGUUGUUGUGGUUUGUUUGUUGCUUUUUCCAUCCCUCUCCAUAUAUAAUUUAUCCCACACCAAGCUUCUCACUACAGCAACUUAAUCACUCAAAACUACUGCGGUAACUCUCAAUUCCUCCCUUGUUUCUAGAGACUCUUGUAAUGACCUUUUUAGCAGUGCACGCAUCAUACUAACGUGCCAUUGUGGUUGAGUUUUGCCUCCCAGAAUUGUUUCCUUUCUUUACGUUAAUGCCCACCCUUCAAAAGAUAGAUGUAGACAGAAAGGCAGAAGCUUUUUGUAUGAUUCCAGUCAGUGACGCUAGUUAGAAUAAGUGAUGCUCUCUAGAAGGAAGUAUUUUGUAUCUAUGUCUGCAGCAUUACUCAUAUAACUAACACUUGUGCUCUUGUUUGCAUUUUCCAUUCUUUUAAUGAGGUUUCCUGUUUGAGCAAACACUUCCUGUAGAAAUAAGGUAUAAAAAAAAGAUUUUCCUGUAACUGCUAUUGAAUCUUAUGCCCACAAAGCUGUUGCAAUCUCAUAAUCAAAACCUUUGUCUCUUGCAAGAUCUACUGAAGGAAGAUGUUGCAACACAAUGGCAGCAAAUACACCUGCCUUAUGGCAGAAUUUCCAGAAAAAUUAUUCUUGUCCAGUAUCCUCCAUCCAGGCGUUACAGUUUAUCACAAAAUGUAGGAUUAAAAUAUGGUUAAGUCUAGAUGCAGUCUUUAGCUGUUAAUUUAAGUGUUGCUCUAAACUGGUGCAAAUUUUCUCCUACUGAGGCCAAACUGCUUUACAACCAAUCUUUUGCUUUGCUCUAAAAUACUACAUAGUAAUGACAGUGUAAGGAAGGACAUGACUUCAAGAAGGCUAAUAAACAGACUUGCAGUCCUUUGCCUGAUUCCCCAGUAUCUUUGUAUCUAUCACACAGUGGUGUAACAGGAUUUAAUAGGCUGCUCUUUGGAAAGCAGAAACAGAUUACGGCACUUUAAAGAAGUGUUUUCAUCUAAACGCAAACUCAUCUGACCACAAUGAAAGUUGUGUUGCAUGUGUUGAGAGACAAACCCUGCAACCAGCUGCCUUCCUGGGCAGUGGCACUGGAAGACACUAGAGCCAUAGAUGCUGGAAAAGAGGGCAUGUCCUGAACAGCAGUGCCUUAAUUCAGACCGCUGCCUUGAAUGAAGCAGGUUUCAAUAUGCUUCUGUUCCCCUGGGUUUAAUUUCCUUCUCAACGAGUUUGUGAGGUCUGUUUUAAAGCUUAACAAUCUUGAGUUUAUUUUAAAUGCCACCCUUGCCUACCAAAUUUACUGUUCUAGAACCUAGAUGGCACUACAAGGACAGAUCCCCUCCAGGGUCAAUGAGCUGUUAACGGGCAUUACUGGCCCAGCCCCGCGGACUCACCGCCUGCCGCCUGGCAGCAGCUCCAGCCCGCAGGCCCCGGCCCCACGCUCCCCGUGUCAGGGCCGUGCUCUGCCGAGCGGCCAUGCGGCGACGUCGGCUAGCGGUGACUCUGACGGUGGCUGUGGUACUGCUGGGUGCCGCCACGCUGCUGAGGCGCCGUGGAGGGAGUGGGGCGGGGGCUGGUGGCUCUGCUGAGGGCAUGGCACUGGAGCGAGCGUGUGGCAUGCUGCUGGCCGGGCAGGCUCCCAUGCUGCAGGAUGGGGGGCUGCGGCCUGCAGCCAGGGACUCCUCCUGCAGCGAGUAUGUGUCCCACAGCCGCUACAUCACCCGGGUGCUGUCAGCCGAGGAGGCGGCCUUCCCCCUGGCCUACAUCAUCACCCUGCACAAGGAGUUUGAGACCUUUGAGCGGCUCUUCAGGGCUGUCUACAUGCCUCAAAAUGUCUACUGCAUCCACGUGGAUGGCAAGGCGCCGGCUGCCUUGCAGCAAGCGGUGCGGCGCCUGGUGAGCUGCUUCCCCAACGCCUUCCUCGCCUCCCGCACGGAGCGGGUGGUCUACGGCGGUGUGUCCCGCCUGCGGGCCGACCUGCACUGCAUGAGGGACCUGCUGGCCUCAGCCGUGCCCUGGCGCUACCUGCUCAACGCCUGCGGGCAGGACUUUCCCUUGAAGACCAAUUGGGAGAUUAUCCAGCAUCUGAAAGCCCACAGGGGGAAGAACAUCACUCCCGGAGUGCUGCCACCAGUGCAUGUCACCACGCGCACCCGCUUCAUGCACCUGGAGCAGGGUGGGAGCAAUGUCUCAGGGCUGGUCACCCCCUGGGUGAAUAAGGCUGCUCCACCUCAUAACCUGACCAUCUACUUUGGUUCUGCGUACAUUGCGGUCACCCGGCCUUUUGUAGAGUUUGUGCUGCAGGACCCGCGUGCCAUCGACUUGCUGGCGUGGUCUGAGGACACCUACAGCCCUGAUGAGCACUUCUGGGUGACGCUCAACAGGAUCCCAGGUGUCCCUGGGUCCAUGCCUAAUGCAUCGUGGGAAGGUGACCUGAAAGCAGUGAAGUGGAUUGAUAUGGAAGACGUCCAUGGAGGUUGUCACGGCCAUUAUGUCAGAGGCAUUUGUGUAUAUGGAACAGGUGACCUCGAGUGGCUUUUUAACUCCACCUGUAUGUUUGCAAAUAAGUUUGAGCUCAGAACAUACCCGCUGACCGUGGAGUGCCUGGAGCUGAGACAUCGAAAGAGGACCUUGGCACAGAGUGAAGUUCAGGUGGAACCAAACUGGUAUUUCUAGCUAGUGGAAACCCAGGAUACAUCAACAGAAGUGGUCAGAAUUACACCAGAAAUCUAAUUUCUGCUUUGCUGAAAGAACACAUUCAUCCAAUAGGUUUCUUUAGGAUGUGCAGUAGAUGCAGCUCAGGUCAGCUUGUAUCACUUUGUCUGCAAAUCUAUCUUUUCACUUCACACUCAGAGACUAAAAUGUGUUAAGAUCCAAAAAGAAGCAAGAGGGCAUAGCUCUUUUUACAGCUGCCCUUUUUGCACUUUUGCUGUUUUAAUGACCUGUUGUCCAGCCCUAACUUUUUUCUUGCUACACUGACAUUGCUGCCUGUUUCUACAAAAAUGCAUAUAGAAUCAGGCAUCCUUGGGGCGUCUCAUUACUUUGAAGACAAGCGGUGAGCAUUGGUAAACAGAAAGAUAACAAGUCACAGUGAGCAAGUCUUUAAAAAGAGGAACACAAUUGGUGGCCAUACAUGCAGCUGCUGUUUAGUCAAAGAUGCAGAAACUUAGUGCACCAGGGAAGUACUGGAAAUGGGAGAAAAGUGCUGCACUACUUGAGGUCUUAUCUGUUCUUUAAACAUCUGUUGGUUCAAAGUUUGUAGGAGAAUAUAGCACCUUUUGCUAUGCGAAUGGUUGUAGAUAGAAAGAUAUAAUAGGAUUUCAGGCACAAGAGCUCUUUAUGAAAAAUAAAGGCUUACUUAUUUGUUUUACUUGGCCGACUAAUAGAGCUGGAAACUGAUUGACGCAGAUUUUGGCCUGCCAGUGUCCUCAGAUCAUCAUAUGUAAGGACACGAAAGGAGGGGAAGGGCAGUGGAAAGAGAUGCCAGGACUGAAAGAUCAGCAGUUGAGCUUUGGCAGUAAGUCUGUAACUUUGCGUCAUGUUUUGAUACGGGCUGAGCCUCCUUCCCAAUUUUACUUCUUGGGAGUAGUUAAUACGUGUACUUAACAUUGAGCUUCACAGCCCUAUUUUUGUGUCCCGAUUGCAGCCACCAGAGGGAGGCAGUCAAUAGCUGAGCUGAUCCUCGUUCCUAAGCCUACCUAACCCUUCAGAUGCAGUCACAGCAGAGCGGGAACGUCACGCAGCGAAAUUAGCACUCGGGAAUAUUUUAGCACAGCCAGCAGAAAGUAAUACUGACACCUAUCAGUCACUGCGUCCUAAAAAACCGAAGCAGAAUUGAAUGGUUCUUCCUGCAUUGAUGACAGGCUGUGUUUCUGGGGUUAUUUUAGCACGUUGAACGACCCAGCCAGCAGCAUGCUGGAGCACCUUGGCUCAAGCAGUAGGUCCUGAACAGCAUCUACUCCCAGCUUCAUUAAACCACUGCUAACUUC